AUGAAUCAAGAACAGAGAGAUAGAUUAAAUAAUCAUUUCUUUGAAAAUUUCUAUUUCGCUGGUGAAAAAUAUCUUUUAUCAGCUUGCACGACUCCUAAUUCACAAGAGCAACAAAAAACUGCUCAUGAUGAUAUUCGUAAUGCUGCAACGAAUUUUCGUAAAGCCCUUAUGGUUUUAAGCAAUGCUCAUUCUGAUUUCGUGUCGCGUCAUGAAGCAGUGCAUUUAAUGGAUAAAGUGUGGGAUAAAUAUGACCAAUGUUGGGUUGGAAAUAAAGAAAAUGAUGGUAACAUGGUAAAUUUGACUGAAAUGAUUGAGGAUGAAAUAAAUAAGAAACUUUUAAAGAAAGCUCAAAAGAAGGGUGUAAAGAGCAUAAGUAAUAUCAAAGAGUUCAAAUCGGAAUUAAAGAUGGAACAUGUUGUUAAUAUGCAAUGCGUUGUUGAUGAUUAUGACUUCAUGGAACCACCUGAUUUAAGUCUCCUGGUUAAUUAUUUAAACGAUUGCGCUGUACACGAUACCGAUACGAACAAUUCAUCAUCGUUUAAAGACGACAAAGUUGACACUGGUUCUAUCAAAAUUCCUCCAAAACGCGAUAUAAAUAAUCAUUUAAGGGACGUACGGACAACCAAUCCUGCUCUAUCUGGAUUUAACAGCAAUGAUAUAAUGGAUAUUGAUAAUGAUCUUUUAAAUAUAUAUGACGGAAGAUUCUCCAACGAGCAACAUACCAUAAGACACUUAGAAAACCAUAAAGUGAAAAAAAAUGACACAAUUCCAAUGGAUAUAAAUUAUAUAAAUGAUGACGAUAACGACCAACAUGAUUGUUCUACGAUUCAGAGUGGUUCUUUCAUUACCGCAAGACAACAAAUGAGAGAUAAAAAUGAUAGAAAACAAGAUUACGAUGCGGAUAAAGAACAAGCAAUUGAUAGUAGAUUAAAAAAUAUUGACCCAAAAAUGAUCGAAAUGAUCCAAAAUGAG